AGAUAGAGAGAGAGACGCAUCCAUAUACCAAACAGAUCGAAAUGAACAUUCUUUUCGUGAUCGAAGCCCUAACUGUAGCAUAAUCCGAUCAUCAUCAUCAUCGCCAUCUUAAUCAAAUCCUUGAAGAUCAAUCAUCAGUUUACAGGAAAAGAAGAUUGAUAUCAAUCGGAGAUCGAGACUGAAUCCUGCAUAGAAUAGAAUAUGGCCAAUCUGUAUGUAAAGGCGGUGCCGUCGGCAGAUCUGAAUCGUAAUACGGAAUGGUUCACAUAUCCCGGCGUCUGGACUACCUAUAUCUUGAUCCUCUUCUUCUCUUGGCUCCUUUUCCUUUCAAUUUUCGGUUGCACUCCUGGCAUGGCCUGGACCAUCGUCAAUCUUGCCCAUUUUGUCGUUACUUAUCACUUCUUCCACUGGAAAAAGGGAACACCUUUUGCUGAUGAUCAGGGGAUGUAUAAUGCAUUGACAUGGUGGGAGCAGAUUGACAACGGGAAGCAGCUCACACGUAACCGGAAAUUCAUCACUGUCGUGCCUGUAGUCCUGUACUUAAUUGCGUCACACACAACAGACUAUGAGCAUCCAAUGUUCUUCUUCAACACACUUGCGGUAAUGGUGAUGGUUAUCGCAAAAUUUCCCAACAUGCAUAAGGUUAGAAUCUUUGGAAUCAACGGUGAGCAGUGAUUUUCCAUCCUUUUUAACAUGUGAUACAAUUUCAUUUCAAUCCAUUUUGAUCUUGAUCAAAACAUUAGAAACAGAAUUAUGUUCUUCCUAUAUAUGAUAAAAGUGUUAUUAUAUAUAGCUCUUCCCUGUAUAGAGAAGCCAGAAAAUGAAAAAUGGAAAGGAUGUUAUAUUGGUUUA